AGACUCUCUCUCUCUCUCUCUCUGUGAAGAUGUUAGUGUUCCACCUAAUUCAAGCUAUCCUACUGAAGAAAGCCGUGUCGCCGCUCUUGCAGAUAUCAAUGCGAGCCGUAGAUUCUUCAAGUUUAUGGCACCUCCAUCGGUUUCUGGAAGAUCUCUCUACUCUCUACUACCAAUGAUCUAGAAUCCCUCAUUGUCUCCGCCAAUUAUUCUCAUGACACAACUCUCAUCUAUUUCAACUUCUUCAACAAUACUCAUCACAACGCUCAUGUCUGAUCAAAGGAGGCCUCUUUUGUUCGACGAACCUCGCACUCCUGGUAACCCUUACAAUUAUUUGGACAUCAAUGAAUCAGAAUAUGAAUAUCAAGUCAUUUUGGGGAUACCAUCAAAAGAGUUUAGGCAGAUUUUGAGAUCAGGAUCUGAAGACCUUAUCCUUACAAAAGACUUAAGAAAAUCAUCAAAGUUCAGUCUCUCCUCUACUUUGUAUUGUAUUGCUGUUUUUGGAAUGACUUUAGAUUACAUGUCGGGCCGGGUGUUUUGUGUGGGGGGUUGAUUCGAGUAACCAGGUUAGCUUUUGAAUGACUUUGUUCAACAUGGAUUCAUUCAUUGAAGCCUCAGGGCACUCUGCUUUUGUAUGGAUGUUUAGUCCCCUGAUUUUCCUGGCAUGCUCAAUUGCUUAGUUGGACAUCUUGGUAACAUCCAGUAUUACUUUGAUAAGAGAUAUGACCUUGGAAUUCAUUAGCGUCAAACACAUGACAACCCACCUCCCCUGUUCAAAGAUUGGUAACUAGUUUCAAACACAUGACAGUACCUUCCCUGUUCAAUUUCCCUGUUUCCUAAUUCAAAUCUUGGCAUGUGAAACAAAAAGUCUAGCAAACCAAACCAGAAUUUCUGACUCAGAUUUUGUAAUCACUGGUGUAUAUUUUGACCUUGUUAUUGCGGGGCCACACU